UUCUGAGUUUACAAUAACUAAUGCAGCGUCUUUUCGGUAUACCCUUGUUUCUGAUACGAUGGCAAUAUUGUGGGGGGUUUUAUCUGGGUUUUGUUUCGUUGCCUUAAUUUUUAUUGUACGACUGCUGAUUGUUGUGAGGACGGGCUCAGAAUGCAAACCAGGAAAGAAGGGCUCCGUCAGUAUGCUUGUUGUUGCAGGAUCCGGUGGUCACACCACGGAAAUCCUGCGCUUGGUGGAAAGUCUCUCCCAGUCCUACAGCCCUCGCCAUUACGUCAUUGCUGAUACAGAUAAAAUGAGCGAAGACAAGAUUCGUACCCUUGAAACUUCAAAAAGUGAAGCGGAUGCAGAACCUAAGUUCACCAUUCACCGGAUUCCACGCAGCCGUGAGGUGCGCCAGUCAUGGAGCUCCUCCGUGCUCACCACUCUGAACGCUCUCCUCUACUCCGUCCCCCUGGUCUUCAGGCUCAGGCCAGAUGUGGUGCUGUGCAAUGGCCCUGGGACGUGUGUCCCCCUCUGUGCGGCUGGGCUGCUCCUGGGGGCCCUGGGAGUGAAGAAGGUCCUGAUCGUUUACGUGGAGAGCAUUUGCCGGGUGGAGACUCUGUCCCUCUCUGGAAAGAUCCUCUACCAUCUCUCAGAUUACUUCUUUGUGCAGUGGUCGACUCUGAAAGACAAAUAUCCCAGAUCGAUUUACGUUGGAAGAAUAGUCUGA